AUGGACGAGCAGUGGAUGAUCGGGCAGACUUCCCUCAGUCUUGGCCUCCACGUCGGCGGGCCUACGGCGCGGCGAGGUGCUCCUCCGGUGACCAAGGUCCUUGUGGCGGAGGACUUCAUGUCCUCCAAGAAAAAUCGCGAGGUUGAGGCGCUGGAGGCCGAGCUCCGGCGAGUGGGCGAGGAGAACAGGAGGCUCAGCGACAUGCUCCGCGCGCUGGUGGCCAAGUACGCCGACCUGCAGGGCAAGGUCAGCGGCAUGAUGGCGGCGGCCAACAACCACCACCAGUCGUCCACGACAUCGGAGGGCGGCUCAUCGGCCUCGGCGACCAGAAAGCGCGCCCGCAGCGACAGCCUCGACAAGGCCAGCCGCAACCCUUCGCCGCCCCUCACCGCGGCCGGCAGCAGCGGCCGCUUCGGCCCCGACCAGGCGGAGUGCACGCCCGUCCACGCCGACCCCUCCGACCUCAGCCUCGUGGUGAAGGAUGGGUACCAAUGGCGGAAGUACGGGCAGAAGGUGACCAAGGACAACCCAUGCCCAAGGGCCUACUUCCGGUGCUCGUUCGCGCCGUCGUGCCAGGUGAAGAAGAAGGUGCAGCGCAGCGCCGAGGACAAGGCCGUGCUCGUGGCCACGUACGAUGGCGACCACAACCACGCACCGCCGCCCAAGCAACAAGGCCCUAGUGGCAGGAAGAGCGGCGACGCAGCCGCCGUCCGCGCACCACCGGCGCCGGUGCUUGUCCAGCAGCAGCGGAAGCAGGAAGCUUCGACGGCGGAGCAGGUGGCCGACAGGAAGAACCUGGUGGAGCAGAUGGCGGCGACGCUGACGAGGGACCCCGGGUUCAAGGCGGCACUCAUCUCCACGCUCUCUGGUCGGAUCCCUGUUGCUUGA